AUGGGAAGCUGGGAAUACCCACAUAAAGAAACUCCCAAAUUUACUGAAGUAAAAGGGGAAAAACCAGAACCGGAAGUUAGGAUGUCAAAUAAAGAAUAUUUAAUUCGAGAACAUUGGAUUCAAGCAAUGGAAGUAAGAUUGGUUAAAAAGCAAUUAAUCAAAUGCCAAAAAACUGAAGGAGUAAAUGCAAUUGUGAAUUGUCGAAGAUUGGCAAAAUUAUAUUUACAAAUGUUAAAAGAAUUUAAAGAAGGACCUAAUGGUAAAGGAAAUAUUUUAAUGAAUCAAGAAAGUAUUUUUAAAUAA